AUGCCGACCAUACAGGUCGCGCCUGGCGCGUCAGACCUCCUCCAGAAUGUUGCCGACACACUUGGGAAGGCGAGGAAAGUGAUUGUCGUCACUGGGGCUGGCAUUAGUACCAACUCGGGCAUUCCUGACUUUCGUUCCGAACAUGGCCUCUACUCGCUUAUACAAGCCCAGUUUGACAAGGCCGAGGUCUCGGGGAGCCUGAGGGACGAUGACAUAUGUAGCAACGGUGACGACGCUGGGAGGCCCCCCAAGCGACGACGAAUAUCCAAGAUUCAGGACCCAACAUUUGCUAGUAGCCCGCCUCGCAUAAGUUCGCCGCCGAUCACCCAAGGUUCGGAUGGACCAUGCGCUCCACAAGAUAGCACUAUUGAAGUUGCGACGACAAGUGGCACUGCCACGUCUGCGGGCUCUACAACUCAGACGCAGAAAUCUGUGCAAGUGCACCUAGCACCGGAGCAGCGCGAGCCACCCCAACGGGUCACACGAUCUCGUGCUUCAACCAUGCGUCCAACGUUACCGCGUCACAUGACAGACGCGUCAUCCCAGUCUUCCGGCUUGGAGGAUUCAAUAUUCUCUACGCCUGAAAUGUCAGGAUUUUCGUCUCGAACCGAUGGCUCAUCGUCACCUGGACCUGCCGACCGCCCGACUGACGCCAAGACACCCGUCAAAUCUCGUACGGGAGCCUUAUUCAGUUCCUCGCCGCUCUCAUCUCCGCCACCAAUCCUAUUUGAUCCCUACGAGGAGUCCAGUGAAUCUGCGGGCAGUGGGUCACAGUGCUCGGAGGACUCGGACUCGGAUUCUGAGGACACUCAAGAAUCGGACCUGCUAGCCUCGCAGACCUCUCAGCGAAGACUGCGCAACAUGAAAGGGCGCGAUCUAUUUGACUGUAAUAUCUGGUCCGAUCCACUCAAAACAUCGGUCUUCUACCGCUUUGCAACGACACUAAGGCAGAAAGUGAGGGAGGUUGAACCAACGACAACACAUCACUUCAUCGCCCGUCUGCGCGACAUUGGUAAGCUUACAAGGGUAUAUACACAAAAUAUUGAUGAAAUUGAAAAGAAGAUUGGUCUCUCAACCGAUCUCAACGUUGGCGCGGGCAACAAGCGAAGGAAAUCAGCCAAGCAACAGCAGCUCGCCGACGAAAAGAAUAGCGACGAAAGCCCCCCGCAGACACAGGGAGAUGAUGAUCCCGGGGGGAAGGACAGCACACAAUCAUCUCAAACGCCUGAAAGUGGUGAAGGCGUCAAGCAGCGUCCUAGCACCACUCCGGAUAAAGGUGUCGAAUGCGUUUUCCUGCAUGGAUCACUACAAUCGCUGCGUUGUUUUGUAUGCGCUAAACUGUGCGACUGGGAUCAAGACGAGCGCGAGAGCCUCACGCUAUCGGGCGAACAGCCCGAGUGUCCUCACUGCGCGGGCGCCACGGCGGCGCGUCAAGAGAGGGGGAAAAGAGCUCUGGGCGUUGGCAAACUACGCCCGGACAUUGUGUUGUACGGGGAGGAACAUCCACAGUCCGAUCUUAUCUCACCUAUUGUCCAGCAUGACUUGUCCGUGGGGCCGGACCUACUCCUCGUGCUUGGUACGAGUCUGAGGGUGCAUGGCCUCAAGGUCAUGGUUCGAGAGUUUGCCAAGUCCGUCCAUCAGAAAGGGGGAAAGGUGGUCUUCAUUAAUUUCACCAAACCUUCAGAAAGCAUAUGGGGCGACGUGAUUGAUUACUGGAUUGAGUGGGACUGCGAUGCUUGGGUCGACGACCUGAAGCAGCGAAAGCCAACCCUGUGGAUGUCACCUGAAGCCAUUGUGGAACAUGAGAGAUUGAAGCGUGAGGCGCUAGCGGAAAAGAAGAAGGAGACCAUUGCCAACAAGAAACGAGAGAGCCUCGAAAACAAGAAGCGGGAAAGUAUUGGAGAAAAGAAACGGGAUGCAACCGGUGGGCAGAGGCCUCCCACCAUCCAGAUACCCGAGGAUGCGCCCAAGCCGGAACCAAGGUCCGAACAAGAAUCUCCGGCCCUCUCUGAGGUCAAGGUGCCCGCUAAGCCCAAGGAGCCUGCGAAGAACCCCCAAGCAGAGAGGAACGACUACAGCUGUGGUGCUUACUGCAUGAGUAGAAUAGCUGAUGCUUUCUACACGAUUCGCGGUGAGCAGUUUGACUUCUUCGGAUUCACUUCGCGCCCUCAGCAGCCAUCUGCAAAGCCGAUGAAGGCUCCCGCUUCCAGAAAGCCUGCCGUCAAGAAACUUAGGCAUUCCUUUCCUGCAAUGCUUCCCACUCUUCGAGAUUCAGCAUCCACGACUGGCAGUCACAGGAAGCCCGCCGUGAGGACAGAUCUGUUCUUUAGCCCAAUGAGCAAAGACAGAUAUAACAAAGCUCGGAAACAACUUUCAAAUAGCAGCCGGCCCCAAACUCCGCAGCGCAUAUCGCAGCUGAGUAACCGCUCAAGCUCUACUCUAGAUGAACUGAGCAGUUUCACGUCUGAGUUUCAGUUGCGUGCCCCUGGAAGCAUCGGAUCUUCUCAACCUACCACCCUCCAGGCUCAACCAGCAUCACAACAAGCAGGUGUGCCCCUGAAGCUCGGUCCAAGCUAUACGCCCUCAGCUGCCGUAAGUGCAGCAGUCAAAUCCAACCCGCGCAUUCGCAAGCCUACGCGUAAGGCAAGAAGUAGUAUGCCGAACACUCCAGUUCCUGCUCCUAUGAUAGAGCACCACCGACCUAUGGCGUUACCGGUCCUGGGGGACAAGGAGAACAUCUUACCACCAUUCCGUGUUGGUCAGGAGAAGCUGUCCGGCCCACGAUUGGCGACUAUGGAGCCCGCCCUGAACCCUUCGCCACCGAACAGCCCACUUGACCAAGGGCCGUUGGCAUCACUGUCGCCUAAUCAACGGACAUGGGGGCUGCAGCACUUUCGUCAUCCCAUGAUGCUCAGCGGACCCUUGAUCAAGCUGCCCUUCGCAGUCGGGAAGGAGGCGACACCGAGUCCCUCGGACCAGCUCGAGGAGGAGGCAGCAAAGGCGCUAUCAGGGAUGCGAAUGUGCCGCUAG